UACGGAGGACGCGCGCGCUGCGGGUGCGCAGUGGAGUUUUGACGAAAGGCCGCGCCCCCGUGGAGAAGGCGCCCACCGCCCGGGAAGGGUCGUGGGUGGAGGGCGCUGCGUGCACUCACCUGCCUGCAGUCCCGUCCCUGCACGAGGGUGUAAGUGGCUUGUCCGAAGCCAGGCGGGAAAGGCACUGAUUGAGAAGGUGAGCCGGCCCUGGGUGCCGACUGCCUCUCUUACGGCCACAUGGUUUUUCAAGGUGCAUCUAUCAGUAGGGUCUGGAGAGGCUGCUGAUCGCCUCCUCGUGGGUACGCUUGUCCCCGCGCGGAAGGGUCAAGUGUGGGUGGAGCCCGAGGGCCAGAGAUCGGGAAGUGAUGGCCGGGUGAGGUGGUCUGCAGAGUGACCCGCGCCUCCUUUCCCUGUCACCAUCUAGCUUUCAAGUUGCGGAGCUGCACGACCGUUAAGUGCUGUUCUCCGGGUACUAAGUGUCCAGAGCUUCAGUGCUCUCUGGGAGAGCGUGGGUUUUGAAGGGCCGAUUUUGCUUAGUACUGUUGGUUCUCUGCUUCCGAGGAGAAAAUUACACGUUCGCUUUGCAUCUGCUGAGUAACCGACUGUCGCUUCUGCCCCACCCCAGUAAGGACCCCUGAAGCUGUGCGCUGUGCCCUGGCGCACCGGCAUCCCCUCCGUGCGGGCUGCGGUGCUGACAGUGGGGGGGCCGUGCCCCUCUCCCCCAGAAGGGAUGGCGGGGCCAGGGCUAGCUGGGCAGCGGCUUGGCUGACCGCACAACAGGAGUCCAGGGCUGCGUGGGCCCCUGGAGACCCCCGAGAUGCAGGUGAGCGGCGGGUCGGCUGCUCGUGCUGUUUUCCGUGCCUGUCAAAUUGCACGUAAAACGUGGAUUUCUGUUUGACAGAAGAGAAAACCACAAUCGGAAGGGUCUCUCUUAAAAAGUGCAUUUUUAGGGUCCGCUGGGGUUUCCGCUCGGGUUUGAGACAGCGAAGCUGGCCCUGGGAGGGCUUUUCCUGGAGGCCAGGUGGGUCGCUGUGCGGAGGCGCCCCGCGCCGGCUCCUCGGGGCUCCAUCCCGUGGUGGGCCUUGGGCUCCACCUUGGAAUGUUGUCAGCCAGUCUCUUAAAUGUUACUCUGCUUCCUGUUAGUAAAAUGUGGUCGUUUGGAGGGAGGAGGGGUCCUUGUCAUCAGUUCUUGAGGUGCCACCCUGCUUGGCGGGCAGUGGUCCAGAGUCAGGAGUCAUCACAGGAGUGAGUCCUGUAGUAGAUGCGGUUGGUGGCAGGCGGCGGACGUCUGAAAAGAGCAAAUGCUCAUACGUCUCCGUGGCCCAGAUUUCGGGCACCUGAGCCUGCGCCGGCACCUGAGAAUGGGGGGGCUGGGGGCGCCUCUGCGGGCGGCGCAGGGGGUCUUGGGGUGGCCCUUGCUGUGGCAGGAGGCGGGCCCGGCACUGUGGUCAAGCCAGCAGCUGAGAAGUGCUCUGAGGGGCAGGGCAGGUGGCUGGCCCGUGGGGGCUUUUCGUGGUUGCCACUCCUGAGCCCUGUAGAGGCUGGGUGGAGGCCUUCCAGGGGUGAAGCCUGCCCCCAGGCCAGUACGGGGCUUCCCUCUUGAGCCCCGGAGUGGCUGGUGGUCCUGUGCCCUAACACGGUUGUGGAGGACGCGUUCCUCGAGAGGAUGGAUGGGGCUGUGGUCAGGCUGCUGAGGCUUCCAGGCUCCCUAGUGGUGCUGACGGGACCUCCACUUCGGGGCUCAGGGCUCUCUCCUGGGCAGCAGUAGUGGGGGAGCCAGGGGCCAGAGCCUGCCGGGGUCCAGCCCUGUGUGUGUGCUGUCCUGAGCUCAGGGAUGCGACCCCUGCUUGUGAGGGAUGUGGCCGUAGGCUCGGUGCCCUGUGGAUCCAAGAAGGUGACUGGUGAGCAGUGGGUGUCAGCAUCCUAGAAGGACUUGUCAUCGCGUGUGCCUCUGGGAGCCCCUCUUCACCGCCUGCCCUCUCCUCUGGUCCCGGGAGUCCCUGGGGAGGGGCAGCCUCGGGGCAACGGGCUGUUGAAGGUUGUUGAGAUACCAUUGUGAGUCCCGGGAUGAGUGAUUUUGGAAACCUCAGAGAUAGGUUUGCCGGGAGUUGUGUUUCGAUUUAGCACGAGUUGCUUAGGUCUGCCCAAGCGUACCUGGUGGCUUUCGCCUCUCAUGUCCUCUGUGUGGGGUUAACGUGUCCUCUGCGUCCGUUUCAGGGAGUCAGUACCAAAUGAGGAGGAAAGGCCGAGGUCAUCGCGCUGCAGCGAGGCACCCUUCCUCCCCCGGCAGCACUAAGCACUCCCCCACGCGAGAGACGCUGACCUACGCGCAAGCGCAGAGGAUGGUGGAGAUCGAGAUCGAGGGCCGCCUGCACAGGAUCAGUAUUUUCGACCCUCUGGAGAUCAUAUUAGAAGAUGACCUCACUGCUCAGGAGAUGAGCGAGUGCAACAGCAACAAAGAAAACAGCGAGAGGCCGCCCGUGUGCCUGAGAACUAAGCGGCACAAGAACAACAGGGUCAAGAAGAAAAGCGAAGCCCCGCCCAGCGCGCACGGCGCCCCCACCCCGGCCAGCGCGCUCCCCGAGCCCAAGGUGCGCGUGGUGGAGUACAGCCCCCCGGCGGCGCCCCGGCGGCCCCCCGUGUACUACAAGUUCGUGGAGAAGUCAGCCGAGGAGCUGGACGACGAGGUGGAGUACGACAUGGACGAGGAGGACUACGCCUGGCUGGAGAUCGUCAACGAGAAGCGCAGGGGCGACUGCGUGGCGGCUGUGUCGCAGGGCGCGUUCGAGUUCCUGAUGGACCGCUUCGAGAAGGCGUCGCACUGCGAGAAGCAGAAGCAAGGGGAGCAGCAGUGCCUGAUUGACGAGGACGCCGUGUGCUGCGUGUGCAUGGACGGCGAGUGCCAGAACAGCAACGCCAUCCUCUUCUGCGACAUGUGCAACCUGGCGGUGCACCAGGAGUGCUACGGCGUGCCCUACAUCCCCGAGGGCCAGUGGCUCUGCCGCCACUGCCUGCAGUCCCGGGCCCGGCCGGCUGACUGCGUGCUCUGCCCCAACAAGGGCGGCGCCUUCAAGAAGACGGACGAUGACCGCUGGGGCCACGUGGUGUGUGCCCUGUGGAUCCCCGAGGUCGGCUUCGCCAACACGGUGUUCAUCGAGCCCAUCGACGGCGUGCGGAACAUCCCCCCCGCCCGCUGGAAGCUGACGUGCUACCUCUGCAAGCAGAAGGGCGUGGGCGCCUGCAUCCAGUGCCACAAGGCCAACUGCUACACCGCCUUCCACGUGACGUGCGCCCAGCGGGCCGGCCUCUACAUGAAGAUGGAGCCCGUGAAGGAGCUGGCUGGCGGCGCGGCCACCUUCUCCGUCAGGAAGACCGCGUACUGUGACGUCCACACGCCCCCGGGCUGCACCCGGCGGCCCCUGAACAUUUACGGGGACGUAGAGGUGAAAAACGGCGUCUGCCGGAAGGAGAGCUCAGCCAAAACGGUCAGGUCCACGUCCAAGGUCAGGAAGAAAGCGAAGAAGGCCAAGAAGACGCUCCGCGAGCCCUGUGCGGCCCUGCCGCCUGUGUGCGCGCCCUACAUUCCCCCUCAGAGAUUAAAUAGGAUUGCGAAUCAGGUGGCCAUUCAGCGGAAGAAGCAGUUUGUUGAGCGCGCCCACAGCUACUGGCUCCUCAAAAGGCUGUCGAGGAACGGAGCCCCCCUGCUGCGCAGACUCCAGUCCAGCCUGCAGUCCCACAGAAACACGCAGCAGAGAGAAAACGACGAGGAGAUUCAAGCUGCCAAAGAGAAGCUGAAGUACUGGCAGCGGCUGCGGCACGACCUGGAGCGCGCGCGCCUGCUCAUUGAGCUCCUGCGCAAGCGCGAGAAGCUCAAGAGGGAGCAGGUGAAGCUGGAGCAGGUGGCCCUGGAGCUGCGGCUGACCCCGCUCACCGUGCUGCUGCGCUCCGUGCUGGACCAGCUGCAGGAGAAGGACCCGGCCCGGAUAUUUGCCCAGCCAGUGAGCCUGAAGGAGGUUCCGGAUUAUCUGGAUCACAUUAAACACCCUAUGGACUUUGCCACGAUGCGGAAACGGUUAGAAGCGCAAGGGUACCGGACUCUCAGGGAGUUGGAGGAGGACUUUGACCUCAUCGUGGACAACUGCAUGAAGUACAACGCCAAGGACACGGUGUUCUACCGGGCGGCCGUGCGGCUGCGUGACCAGGGUGGCGUGGUGCUCAGGCAGGCCAGGCGCCAGGCCGACAGCGUCGGCUUCGAGGAGGCCUCAGGGAUGCACCUGCCCGAGCGGCCCCCCGCGGCCCCCCGGCGGCCUUUCUCCUGGGACGACGUGGACAGGUUGCUGAGCCCGGCCAGUAGGGCCCACAUGGUCCUGGAGGAGCAGCUGCGGGAGCUGCUGGACAUGCUGGACCUCACGUGCUCCAUGAAGUCCAGCGGGUCGCGGAGCAAGCGGGCCAAGUUGCUGAAGAAGGAGAUCGCCGCCCUUCGGAGCCAGCUGAGCCAGCAGCACAGCCAGCCCCCGGCCGCCGAGUCAGGUACUGCAGGCUUUGAAGAGGACGGUGCUCAGCUGGGGCAGGAGACCGGGGAGGAAGGAGAUAAAUCUCCCCCUAAACUUGAACCAUCAGAUGCAUUACCUCUUCCUUCAAACUCGGAGACUAAUUCAGAACCACCAACCCUCAAACCAGUAGAACUCAACCCAGAGCAGAGUAAACUAUUCAAAAGAGUCACAUUUGGUAAUGAAUCACAUAGCACUUGCACUCAGAGCGCACUGGUAAUCGGACACCCUCCAGAGCCCACCCUCGCCAGUAGUGGCGAUGCGCCGGCGGCGGCCUCCGCGGUGGCGGAGCCAUCAAGCGAUGUAAACAGACGCACUUCUGUUCUCUUCUGCAAAUCGAAAAGUGUAAGCCCCCCAAAGUCUGCCAAGAACACUGAAACCCAGCCAACUUCUCCUCAGCUAGGGACCAAAACCUUUUUGUCUGUAGUCCUUCCGAGGUUGGAGACUCUUCUGCAGCCAAGAAAAAGGUCGCGAAGCACCUGCGGCGACUCCGAGGUGGAGGAGGGGUCCCCGGGAAAGCGCCUGGACACAGGGCUCACCAAUGGCUUUGGGGCCGCGAGGGGCGAGCAGGAGCUGGGCGGCGCCCCGGGGAGAACGGCCGCGCCCCGCCGCCGCUGCGCCUCCGAGUCCAGCGUCUCCUCCAGCAGCAGCCCGCUCUGCGACUCCAGCUUUAGCGCGCCCCCGUGCGGCCGGGGCAAGCCCGCCCUGGUCCGCAGGCACACGCUGGAGGACCGCAGCGCGCUGAUCUCCUGCAUCGAGAACGGGAACUACGCCAAGGCGGCCCGGAUCGCGGCCGAAGUUGGUCAGAACAGCAUGUGGAUUUCAACUGACGCCGCGGCCUCCGUCCUCGAGCCCCUGAAGGUCGUGUGGGCCAAGUGCAGCGGCUACCCCUCGUACCCGGCCCUGAUCAUCGACCCCAAGAUGCCGCGUGUGCCUGGCCACCACAACGGGGUCACCAUCCCGGCGCCGCCGCUGGAUGUGCUGAAGGUCGGCGAGCACAUGCAGACCAAGGCGGACGAAAAGCUCUUCCUCGUCCUGUUCUUCGACAACAAGAGAAGCUGGCAGUGGCUCCCGAAGUCCAAGAUGGUUCCCCUUGGCAUUGACGAGACGAUAGACAAGUUGAAGAUGAUGGAGGGGAGGAACUCCAGCAUCCGGAAGGCGGUGAGGAUCGCCUUCGACCGCGCCAUGAACCACCUGAGCCGCGUGCACGGGGAGCCGGCCAGUGACCUCAGCGACAUAGACUGACGCGGCUGUGGCCUUGUCCAUAGUGUCGAUACGCUGUACAUACUGUAUAUUGUUUAUCACUUAACUUAUUCUGAUUUUUAGGUGUAGUUUAAUUCUUUCUCCCAGGGAGGGGGAGGUUUUGUUUCCCAGUUUUCUAUGAAAUCAUCCCCGUCUGGGCGCUCUGUGAAUGGCGUGGGCGCGUCCCCCGAGUGCAGCUCUGUGCCCCUCACGGGUCGCUCCAGAGGGCGCUGCCGGCCUCACUUUCUUUGAUCUGUAGCUGUUUUUUGUUUUUUUUUUUUAAAGACUUUUGAAUGUUUAAUAAUUUUGUAAAUCAUGCUCUUUACACAGAGUACCACUUAUUUAAUAGACGGGAUGUAAAUUUACAAUGACAAAUGUGUAUUUUAAGAAGAAAAUGACAUUAUUUUGAAUGGUACUUUGUGGAAAGAGGUGGAGAAUAAACUUAUGCCGCGCGCAUCACUUGCAAAUCACCAAAAACACUCCGCCGCCCCCGUGAGGGCUGGGGCAGCGCCUCCUCUGGGCCUCGCCAGCCUCGACCACGCGCCAGCCUCCGCCUGUCCGCGCCAGCCUCCCACGGGCGUGCCUCCCAGCGGAUUAUUUAUUGUAGAAAGUGUAUCAUUUGCUUUAUAACGAGAGAUAAAUUGGCAGAAGUAUAUUGAUAUGCGUUUUAUACAGGACAUAAAAUCCAACUUGCUUCGGGAGCAGGAUGUGUUGGUUGUUGUACAAAUGACUCUGGCUGUGUUCUUUGAUUUUGUAACUUGUAAUCUUUUGUUUACAAUGAGGGGCUUUCUGUAACUUGUUUUAAUUUAGAACACUUUGGUAGCAAUAGAAACUUUGGAUACAUUUUUGUAUGGUACACGUGAUGUAUAUAGAAUUAGUACUUUAUUUUUUAUUUUUAAGAGGUAAAGCAUUAUGUUAGGGGAAAAGGUAGGGUGGGUUUCCAAAAUGGCAUUUUUUAUAUUAAAAAAUAAAGUCAAGAUUUGGA